UACUUGUUAAAGUCAAUCAUCCCUCUUGUUUCUUGUUUGUUCUAAUUCGUUCUCUCUCUAACACCACCAAAAACCCUACUUCUCCUCCUCGAGGACGCAAACGUAAACCUGAAGCCUUACCCAAACAACCAUGCAAUUUGGGUCCCAAUCAUCUUCAUUCUGCUUUAAUUUCCUUCAAUCGCAUGCUCCGAAUGCGACCUUUGCCCCCAAUUUCUCAAUUCAACAAAACUUUAGGCUCUAUUUUGAAAAUGGGUCAUUACGCCACUGCUCUUUCUCUUAUUCGUAACAAGUUGCAACAGCUCCAAGGCAUUCAGGUCGAUUUCUACACCUGCAACAUUGCUAUUAACUGUUACUGUCACCUUAAUCGAGUCGACUUUGGAUUGUCUCUUUUGGGUACCCUCUUCAAACGCGGCUAUACACCCAGUGUAAUUACCUUCACAACUCUGAUUAAUGGACUUAUUUUGCAAGAUAAAACUCCUCAAGCUGUGGAGUUGUUUAAGAAAUUAAUGAGAAGUAGAGAAAUUGAACCCAACGUGGUUAUGUAUGGAACCAUUGUCAAUGGGCUCUGCAGAACGGGGAACACUAUCAGGGCUGUUAGUUUGCUUAGGAUUAUGGAAGAGGGAAGUUGUAAACCUGACACCGUAGUGUAUACCACGAUCAUUGACAGUCUUUGCAAGGAUAGAAUGGUGGAUGAUGCUCUCAAACUCUUUUCUACAAUGGAUGAAAAGGGUAUUUUCCCAAAUGUUGUGACUUAUACUUCUUUGAUUCAUGGCCUAUGUAAUUUUGGUCAGUGGAAGGAGGCUACUGAAAUGUUCAAAGAAAUGUUGGAUCGUGGUAUUGCUCCGAAUGUUCAUACGUAUAGUGUUUUGUUGGAUGCAUGCACCAAGGAAGGGAAGAUGAAAGAGGCAAAGGGGGUACUUGAAGUCAUGAUACAAAGAGGUGUGGAUCCUAAUGUAGUCACAUACAGUACUCUAAUGGAUGGAUAUUGCUUGCAAGGCCAAAUGGAUGAAGCAAUCAGAGUGUUGAAUACCAUGGUGGAGAGGGGCCUUCACCCCAAUGUUUUAAGCUAUAACAUUCUAAUCAAUGGAUAUUGCAAGAAAAUGAAAAUAGAUGAGGCCAUGCAUCUCUUUCGAGAAUUGCCUCGAAAGGGGUUGAAACCCGACAAUGGUACUUUCAGUGCUAUGUUAUGGGGUUUGUUUCAAACAGGUAGAUGUGGAGCUGCUCAAAAACUUUUUAAUGAUAUGCAAGUUGAAGGCAUAAUUCCAAAUUCUCAAACUUAUGGUAUCAUAUUGGAUGGGUUGUGCAAAAAUGGGCAUAUUUCUGAAGCAUUGUCAUUAUUUCACAUGAUGGAAAGCAACCGUUUACAUCUUGAUAUUGCUAAGCACAAUAUUCUUAUUAAUGCAUUUUGCAAGGAUAAAAAGCUUGAUACUGCAAGGGCCCUUUUCAGUAACCUUUCUUCCAAGGGAUUAAAACCUGAUGUUAAGACAUACACUACGAUGAUACAUGGUUUUUGUAAAGAAGGCCUACUGCAUGAAGCUAAAGAGUUGUUUGUUAAAAUGGAACAUAAUGGUUGUUUGCCAAAUGAUGUCACUUACAACACUAUUAUCCGAGGAUUUAUUGGACAACACAAGUGCUAUGAGGCAUUAAUACUGGUUGAAGAAAUGGUUCAAAGGGGUUUUUCAGUAGAUGCAUCCAAUUCUUCCUUGAUCAUAGAUAUACUCUCAACUAAAGGACAAGAUUCUGCUCUCCAAGAAGUGAUAAAGAAGUUCAUGCCCAAAGAUAGUCAUGGAAUGCAAGAGAUUGAGUAAAGUGCUUAAGCUGUGAAGUGGUGCAGGGACUUUGUUAAAGGACCCAGGUGCUGAUUAUGGAUAUUAUUCAAAUCCUUGAUGGAGUUUUAAAGGCUGUAUCAUCUUGGACUGGGAAGGAUUCCUUGUGGAAUCAAGGAAUUUGUGAAGUACCUGCAACUGCUGGAGCUUGAUCUUUGCUGUUAGUUUCCUCAUACAAGGCAAGUGUUUAAGCUUAAUUCCUCAUCAUUACAGCCCAAGGGUAGCAGCCUGUUUCAGCACCACAAGCAUCAAAUUAUUCUUAUUUUUAUUUGACUAAAUUACACAUACACUGACCUCCCUUGAGGUUUCUGACACUUUCAAAUCCGGCCCUUGUGAUUUUUGACUUAUGAAACUGUUGUGUAACGGAAAGCAUUUUUUUAUAACUAUUUUGCUUGUAGUCAUAAUGUUAUAUAAAAUUCACUUUUAUCGUCAAAUUCAAUAAAUUUUGAGAAGACAAAUAUGCCCGGAAUGUCUCACUCAAUUUAUCAGCCGAAGCCAUCCGUCACAAACUCGGAAAAGCUUUGUUUCAUCUAUUUGUUUGAAUUCCUAAAUCUAUAUGUAUGUGUACAUAGAUAUAUAUUUGAAACUAUAGUAUGAGUCUUGUUUUAUUAUUGUUUAAUGGAUAUCUUGUGAAUUCAUUCGUCACUAAAUUUUUAACUUACAAAUUUCAACUUUCAACAGCAGUUUGAAAAAUUUGUCACAGAAAAACGUUACUAAUUGUAAGUUCUAGCGACAAUUUAUAUAACCGUGACAAAAAAAAAUCACUAAUUGUCAAUUUUUAGUGACGUGCAAAAAAUGUCACAAAACGACGAUUUUACUAGGAUUUAUUUUCAAUAGGAUUUAAUGGGAAUAUUAAAUCCAACUAUUAAGAUCUAUUGGUAGUUUACCUUUUUAUUUUUAUUCCGUACUACUUGUUCGAACAUAUUGUUAGUUAUUAAUUAACAAGUACGCGUGUCGCAUGAUGAUUUCUUAUGGGAAUAUAUUGCAAAGUAGAGCUUUCUUUAAGUAGACGAUUAAUUGAGUGGCCUGAGAUCACUCACCAAUCACCAUUUCACACAACCCAAGCUGCCUUUCAAUCCUCAGCUCUCUCUCUCUCUCUCUCUCUAUAUAUAUAUAUAUCUUUCUCUCUAUGGAAAGUCUAUGCGAUCACCACCAUGAAUUCGAGCUCUUCAAACCUCAAUCCAUGGAGAACUCAACACCAACCGACUCCUCACGCAAGAAGAUGAGGGAACCCUACAUAUUAACCAAGUCUACAGAGAGCUGAACCGAAGAACACGACAAGUUCAUUGAAGCUCUUCAACUAUCCGAAGUCAUGCCCAAAAAUAUUUUCUGAAGGUCCAAAAAAAUGGGACUAUAGAACAUGUGCCACCACCUCGACCUAAGCACAAAGCUGCUCAUCCUUACCCGCAAAA